AUGGCGCCAGUCAACGCCUCUGCGAAGCCGCGCAGGCACGGAGGCAGCAAGCUGGCCCAGCCUGCCAAGCCUGUUGUGCCUGCUAUCCCCUUGCCCCAUGUGAAGCGUCAGGCUGCUGCCGCCGCCGCCGCCUCUGCUUCCGCCAACCCAUCGCCGCCAGCUACUUUGCGAUCUGACACGAAGCUCACAAACGGUUCUGCGACUGCUAAGACCAAGAAGGAGGCUAAGAAGGAUGCUAAGGCUGCUGUUGCCGCGGCCACUGCCGCCGCUGUGAGACCAGCCGUGAAGCUUGCGAAUGACUCCCAGCCGGCAAACGGACCUGAGACAAACGACGGCGCAGUGGAUGCAAACCACCGCGAUUCUCCCGGUACGUACCAUGUAUAUGACGGAUGUUUGCUCCCGUCUCAAACAAACAAACAAAUGCUUGCUUUUUUGGCUGACACUUCUCCUGCCCUUAUAGUCGCAUCCGUCCCCGAGCCAGCAUCUCCUCUCAGCAAGCAAGACGAUACUGCUAAAGCUACCGCGACUCCGGACCGUCUUGAUCAACCCGCCACCGCCCCCAACGUCACUGUUCGCGCCCAAGCUCUCGCCGAUACAUCAGACAAGCCCAACGGCGUUGCUACCAAGAACGAAAUGAAGCCCCAUCCAGGUGAGGCGACUCGGUCAGGAGAGAGACGGUCAAGUAUGCGCGUCUCCACUCUGCCCGAUCACCCUAUUGCCAAACACCCCACCAAGGCUCGACCUCCUCCUGCUGUGUCCCCUUCUCGAUACCAGAUGCCUCCUUCCUUUCAGCCUGCCAACCGUCCCUUGGCCAUGGCUGCGAAUGGAGAUAUGCCCCGAGCUCACCGUCCCCAUGUGCCCAACGGCCCGCUCAUGCACCAGCCGCACCCGAGCAAUGGCAGCAUUCACUUUGGCACCUUCCACGGAUCCACGAGGGACUCUUCGCCCGCUCCUCCUCACUCUGGUGGUAUCGCCCCUCCUCCUGGGAUGCCGGGUCCCGAUGGUCGACCUCCUUACAUGGGACACGGUGCGAACGGCUUCCCUCCGAUGAUGCCCUAUGGCGCUGACAUGGGUCCCGUCACUACGUUCGACAACUACGGCCGACCGUCGAUGGGAUACCCGCCAAUGGAUUCGUACCCUGGCUAUGGCAACAACUUUGGACCGUCCACCCCCCACAGUUUCCACGACUCGCAGACAUCUGGCCAUCCGGAGGACGGCAUGUAUGGCCAGUACCAACCAGGACCUGUUCGAAACGGUGCCCCAGGGCAUGGUGAGGACUCCCCAAACCACCCCGGUAGAAUGUUUGGUGGCCCUGAGUACCCCCGUAUGAUGCCGAACCAUGGCCCCCCGCCGCACAUGAUGCCCCCGACCGAUGAAGCUGAUGGUCUGGUUGGCCAUCUGCAGCAGCAGUUUGGUAUGCCAGAGUUCGCCGACUGCAUCUUGGAGCUUCGAUACAUGGAUGACCGAGCACCCCCUGUUCGUAUCCCAGGCCAUCGUAUCUUGCUUACUCGGAGCAUUGAACUCGCUGGUCUCUUGGCCAAACAGCCUCAGACAAGUCCCGAGUUGCCUUCCCUGCCCACUGUUCAUCUCGAAACCAAGAGCAAGUGGAUUCGAUCCGACACGUUCUACCUCGCAGCGCAGCGCCUCUAUGGGCUCCCCCUGUUCUCAGUCCCUCCACCUCCCGCUGGCGUUAAGCAGGGCGAUGUUGCCGACGCUGGUUCGGCAAUUGAGCGGUUGGACUUCUCUCUGUCUUAUGCCGCUGCAGGCCAUCUCCUCAGCUGGGAGCCCGUUGUGCGCCGAGGGUGUGAGAUUGCUAUCCAGCUCAUCAACUGGCAAACCAUGGAGCGAGCGCUUGAGUUUGCCCUCGAAGAUCACAUCGACAUGGGCUCUCAUGACACUUACAAGUAUGGGGAUGGAUCUAGAGCAAUCCUGAAUGAAACCGUUAACUUCAUCAUCAACAACCUGCCUCCGAACUUCAUCCUCGAUACUUCCAUUGCGGAGCCGGAGUACCUGCGUCGCUUGCCGUCCUACCCCACCCCUCCCGCUACUCCCAUGGCCCAGAAGCAUUCUCCUCCUGCGAUCGCCCGUGGAACCUCGUUGCACCUGAACAGAAAUCGCCGAUCCCAGCAGGUUACUGGCAUUCAGUUUGGAGAUCUCUCCAUGUCCGAUGGUAAGAACUCGGCCACAGGUAACCGCGAGGCUUCCCAGCUGCCCCCGCCGCCGUCUCACGCCAUCAUCUCUCGGGUUUUGCUCAACCUCCCCUUCACCCUUCUCAAGAUGGCGCUCGAAUCUUCGGGGUCGAACAAUGUCAACGGAUGGACCAACCCGGAACAUCGACACCGGAUCCUGAAAGAUGUGGUGACCGAGCGUGAGCGACGCAGGCUGCUGGCUGUGGACGCCAUCCGUGACGGGCGGGUUGCUGGCUGGGAGUCGAUCUGGAAGCAGCUUUCUACUCCGGAGCCACGAUACUUUGACCAACGGAUUGCCCCUCUGGGCUGGCUCGAGGAGAUUUUGCCGUACGGAAACCCCGAGGGACCUACUCUGGCCCGUAUGUGGAUUCCCCUCAAGGAACCCCAGAACGGCACAAGGGCCGAGUACCCCUGA